AUGAAUAUUAUACCAACAUCAUUUCCCUCAAGAGAUAAUAAUAUUAGAGUUGUUGAACAAUCAAUCAAUUCAAUGACAACACCACCUGUCAAAGUCCAACUCGAGUUAACAACAAGCCAAUCCGUUGAACUAGACCCAGCAUUCAACGGAAUUCUUCUUGGUGCUGAUCAAACUGUCGGAGAUGACAGUUACUGUGAAACUGAUCCAUAUCCAAAAUGGAAAAUAAUAAUGAUUGUUGAUUUGUUACCUAUGCCGUCAUUAGAAUGGCAAGGAAGUGGUACCGUGAUAACCACGGUAACAAUCUCAACCGAACAAUCCAUUAACUCCUUUUUUACUUGUUGGAUAACACCAGCAAGUGAUAAAUGGUUAAUGAGUCUAAUAGAAAGGAAUUGUGUUUUCUAA